GCACGCGCUCUUCUCAACAAUGUCGACCACCAAAACAGAGCAGACGCUCCGCGCGCCUCCGUCCAUCAGAGCUCGAGCGGAACCGAGCAAAUGAAAGCGAAAUCUCAUCGCGGUGCGAUCAGGAAAGUUUAGAGGAGGACAUGGCUGCUCAAGAACCCUCCCCCCCGUCCUCCAUAGAGAACAACAAGCCCGGGUUCCCAAAGAAGAUUCUGGCCAUCAAACUUGAAGACAAACAUUUAUGCAACUGCUGUCAGAACAUUUUGAGGAGACCGUUCCAAGCGCAGUGCGGCCAUCGCUUUUGUUCUUACUGCUUCAACCGGACUGUUGGAUCAGGACCACAGAAAUGUAAUGCCUGUAUCAAGGAGGACAUCUUCGAAGAGCCCACGUCCAUCCUCAAACCAGGCUGCGCGUUUCCCGACAAUGCUGCCAGAAGAGAAGUUGAAAAUCUUCCAGCUGUUUGCUUUAACGAAGGCUGCUCCUGGAAAGGCAGUAUUAAAGAUUAUGAGUUGAGCCAUGAAGGGAAGUGUGAGUUCAUGAUUCUGCCGUGUCCCUUGUGCAAAGAGCUCAUUAGACUGAACGAACAGGAGCGUCAUAAUGAACGCGAGUGUCCUGAGAGAACGCUCAACUGCAAGUACUGUAAAGAACCAUUUCAUUUCAAAAACAUCAAGGCCCAUGAUGAGAUCUGUCCCAAAUAUCCUAUGAUUUGUGAAGGAUGUGCGAAGAAGAAAAUCCCCAGGGAAAAGUAUGUUGACCACAUCAAGUUCUGCAGCAAGUUCAGGACUCCAUGCAGAUAUCAUGUGGUUGGCUGCGACAUUUCAGUGGAGAAGGAGAAGAUCCACGAUCACGAGCGUGUCUGUGCUCACGAACAUCUCAACCUGCUGUUGCACUACAUCAUGGGCAUGAAGGUCUGUCUGGAGGGUCUGCAGCCCCAAAGCCUGGAGCUGGCCGGUCACAAAGCACAAGAGCUUCACCAGGCGCUCCGAGACCUAGAGACCAGAGUCAGUCAGCUGAACGGACCGCCCGUGCAGGGGGUCCCCUCCUCUUCAUCCUCAUCCUCGUCCUCCUCUGCGCCUCCGACCACGCUGCCCACCUCCUUCACCCCUCUGCCCAGCUCGGUGGGCGCAGCGCUGGAGCUCCAGCUGCACAGCGAGAAGACCAAGGUGGCAGAUCUGGGCCGUCGCUGCCAGGAGCUGGAGGUGAAGGCGGGGACGUUUGAAGACGUGGUCUGCGUGCUAAACCGAGAAGUGGAGCGCUUCGCAACCACCAUGGAGGCCAGCAACCGCCAACACAGACUCGAUCAGGACAAAAUCGAGGCUCUUAGUAACAAGGUGCGUCAGCUGGAGCGGCAGGUGGGUGUUAAAGACCUGACUGUGGCUGAAAUGGAGGGCAGAUUGCGGGAGAUGUCUGCCACCACGUUUGACGGCGUCUUCAUCUGGCGGAUAGCAGAUUUCACUAAAAAGAGACAAGAUGCCAUUGCUGGACGGGCGCCUGCCAUGUUUUCACCCGCAUUUUACACAAGCAAGUACGGCUACAGGAUGUGCCUGCGGAUUUACCUGAACGGCGACGGGACGGGACGGGGAACGCAUCUCUCGCUGUUUUUUGUGGUCAUGAGAGGGUUGAGUGAUGCGCUGCUCAAAUGGCCCUUCAACCAGAAGGUCACACUGAUGCUGCUGGACCAGAGUAACAGAGAGCACAUCAUCGAUGCUUUCCGUCCCGAUGUCACUUCCUCCUCGUUCCAGAGGCCUGUAAGUGAGAUGAACAUCGCCAGCGGCUGCCCGCUCUUCUGUCCACUGUCCAAGCUGGAGGGCAAGAACUCAUACAUACGUGACGACACCAUCUUCAUCAAAGUCAUCGUGGACCUCACUGGCCUUUAAAGUUUUCUACUUUCUUAUACGCUGCCUCUGAUGGAGAAUCUUCUUCACCACAGCAGGAGAUUUAUUCCAUGACGUCUGUUUUGACACGUUUCCCUGCAUGUGUUCAGCCGUCACAAAAGCUGCACUGAUGCACAGUUCCCGAAAGGCUCAGUAGAGCUCUAAAAUAGGAAAAAGAGUCGUGAAACACUGGGAUUGAACGUGAAGUCCGGUCCAGUUGCAUAGUGUAGAUCAUAAUGCAAAAUAGAUCAUACAAAAAUUAGAUGUUUUUUUUUUAUUUGACUCGCUCUCAGAACAUGAUAGAUCAAAGAUUUGGAGAAAUCUAGCAUUGCAUCACUUG